AUGUAUUUAAAAGAAAUAAGCGAUACACGCUGGUCAUCAAAAGCUAGCGCUAUCCAUGCUUUAAACUCCCAGCUGAAAAAAGUUGUAGACAUUCUUGAAGAGGUUCUUGAUACAAUCAUCAUGCAAAUGAAAGAAAGAUUUGUAGCAGAUGAUUUUGGAUUCCUAAACGGGGUUUCUAUCAAGAAAACUAAUUUGGAUGAAUUAAAAAAGCAAGCCACAGAUCUUGCUGACUUAAAUGCUUAUGAAUUCACAUCAGAAAUAGAAAGCUUCAAAUUCCAAAGUAAAAUACUGUAUACAAAUUUUAUUGAAAUGGGUCUCUUGGAAAUUUUGCAAGAUCGAGACAUCUUAAAUUCUUUAGCAGUACGCACCGAAAUAUGCUCAUUUCGUACAGCAUUUUCUGCGGCUUGUAGUGCGGGAAGGUCAGGGCAACUUCUCUUAACACCUUAG